AUGUCUGGAAAACAGAUUCCCCAGAGGGGUGAUGACUCUCCUACUGUGACCCCAGCGUUGUGUUGUUCCUCCCAGGGUGAUGACUCUCCUACUGUGACCCCAGCGUUGUGUUGUUCCUCCCAGGGUGACUCUGUUCCUCCCAGGGGUGAUGACUCUCCUACUGUGACCCCAGCGUUGUGUUGUUCCUCCCAGGGUGAUGACUCUCCUACUGGUGAUGACUCUCCUACUGUGACCCCAGCGUUGUGUUGUUCCUCCCAGGGUGACUCUGGUCCAGCGGGUGAUGACUCUCCGUUCUCCGACGCGGUGACCCUGGAACAGAAGACCAGCAGUAUAGGGGGCGCCAGCGGGAAGGUCAGCCUCUGGAUGCAGUGGAUGCUGACUAAGGUCACCGUCGAGCUGUUCGCUCCCGACCCCAACGCCAAAAACACAGAGAUCUGUGUGAUCAGUGAGGCUGAGGAUCUCAGUGCGUCAGUAGAUGUUCAGGAUGUUUACACCAAGAUCAAAUGUAAAGUGGGCAGCUUCAACAUGGACCAGUACCAGACCAGUCCAGAGGAGGGGUCUGGUCUUGCAGUGGGCCGCUGUGGAGGGGUUGUCCUGUCUUGUACUGAUAAGCUGAACAGACGUACGGUGUUGGUCCGACCCGUCAGCAAACAGGACUCCUUCAGCCACCUCUCUGGCUUCCUUCCGCCUACAGCAGCCAAGGUCCUGGAGGUUUCCUCCCACCAGCAGCACGGAUUCCUGUCCAUCACAUACACCCAGGCGGUCACCAGAAACGUCCGCCACAAGUUGACCACGCGGCUGGAACGAGCAGAUCCUCGUGGGGCCCAGCAGCUGACGGAGGGCCCGGCUGACGGGUCUCCCCACUACCUGAGAGAGAUCCUGUUGACCGCCCAACCUUUUGACCUUGUCCUCUCCUGUCCCUUACUGGCCACCGUAGCCGGGGUGUUCCACGCCUCGCUGCCACGACGAUACCGGGACCUCGGCAAGACGGCGGGCCAGCCGAUGAGAAGUCACGCCCUGACGUCGCGCAGCCUGCCUCUGAUAUAUGUCAACACAUCAGUGAUCAGGGUGUUUUGUCCCUGGAACCCGGACGGACAGGACAGACACACAGAACCCCAGCUGAGGAGAGAGAGAGAGGACACUCUGGUACUGAAGAUAGGAUCUGUCAGCGUGGCCCCUCAGGCAGAUAACCCUCUGACCAGAACCGUGCUGCGCAAGGACAUCUACCAGCGAGCGUUGAACCUGGGCAUCCUGCGCGACCCGGGGUCAGAGGUGGAGGACCGUCAGUACCAGCUGGAUCUGCAGUCCAUCAACAUCGGUACCGCCCAAUGGGAGCAGCUCAAACCAGAGAAGGAGGGGUCUAAGGGGGGCGUGUCCACCGAGACAGAGAGGAACUCACAGAACCCUGCCCUGGAAUGGAACAUGGCCAGCAGUAUCAGGAGACACCAGGAGAGGAGAGCCAUCCUCACCCCCAUCGUGACGGACUUCUCUGUCAGAGUGACAGCAGCACCUGCCAUCAUAUUCAGCAAGCCCAGAUCCCUGACAACAGACAAGUGGAGGUUAGAGGUGCUGGUGUGUGGUCACUCCCUGGAGGUGAACGUAACAUCUAGUCUGCAGUUCUUCCUCAGUGUGGCCCAGGUCCACCUGCUGCAGUUGCUGUUCCAAGCCAACAUGGUGGAGGGACCUGCCCCAGAGACCAGCCAGGUAAGAGAUGGUCACAUCCCAACUCAGGUCAACAUGGUGGAGGGACCUGCCCCAGAGACCAGCCAGGUAAGAGAUGGUCACAUCCCAACUCAGGUCAACAUGGUGGAGGGACCUGCCCCAGAGACCAGCCAGGUAAGAGAUGGUCACAUCCCAACUCAGGUCAACAUGGUGGAGGGACCUGCCCCAGAGACCAGCCAGGUAAGAGAUGGUCACAUCCCAACUCAGGUCAACAUGGUGGAGGGACCUGCCCCAGAGACCAGCCAGGUAAGAGAUGGUCACAUCCCAACUCAGGUCAACAUGGUGGAGGGACCUGCCCCAGAGACCAGCCAGGUAGAGGUGGUCACAUCCCAACUCAG